AUGACGAUUAUUGAUAGUUAUCAGAGGCUAGGUAAUAAAUAUCCGCGACAACUAUCUGUAUCUCUAUCAACUUAUACAUCAGCACUAAGUGUACAAUAUACUGCGUAUAUUAAAGACACGAUUCUGGCGAAAAUUCUUUCGUAUAUUCGACAACCUCAAGUUAUUGGUCAAAUCAUUGCAGGAAUUAUUUUUGGUCCAUCUCUUCUCGGCCAAAUUAACGCCUGGACCGAGGCCAUUUGGCCACCCUCAAGCAUUCCUGUCUUUCAGCUCAUCGCAAAUUUGGGUUUAAUCUUCUUCAUGUUUUUCCUUGGACUUGAAUUGGAUCUCGAACAAAUCAAAACCAGUUGGAAAACUACAAUUCCAAUUGCUUGCGCAAGUAUUAUCAUUCCAGUUGGCAUUGGUUGCGCCGUAGCUCUUUGGCUUUAUGACAUGAACACAGGUCUAGAUACAAAUAAAGCGGCAUUUAUAUUAUUUAUUGCAUCUGGUUUUGGUUUUUCGGCUUUUCCUGUUCUUGCUACUUUGCUCAAUGCGAUGGACCUAUUAAACAAACCGAUCGGUAUUCAAACGAUUUCAUUAGCUGCUGUAGAGGACAUCUGUGUCUGGGUAAUCUUAGCAAUUGCUAGUGCAUUUUCAUCAGGAGGUUCAGCUCUACAAGGUCUUUAUACACUGUUAUUAACAUUAGCUUUUAUCGCGAUCAUGGUUCUCAUUAUUCGACCAAUUCUCAAACGAAUUCAUGAAUAUUAUUGGCGACGGCACGAUGACACAAAUGUUUACUUAGUUGUUGGAUGUUUUCUAUUACUUAUUGUUUCGGCAUUUACAACCGAAGUGAUGGGUGUUCAUGCUUUUUUCGGUGCUUUUAUCAGCGGUUUAUGCAUUCCACGUAAAGGAGAGUUAACAGACUUUUUAGGUGUACGAAUCGAACUUAUCAUCGUAGAAUUUUUCUUACCACUCUAUUUUGCAAACAGUGGUCUUAAUACUCAUUUGAAUUUACUUACUUCCGGCAAAGUUUGGUGGACACUAGUUGUUCUACUCAUUCUAGCAUCGACAGCUAAGAUUGUGCCAGUGGCAUUGAUGACAAAACUGUGUACGAAGAAGCCUUGGUCUUAUUGCUUAUCAAUCGGCGUUCUGAUGAACACGCGUGGUAUCGUUCAAUUGGUUGUUCUGAAUAUCGGUGUUCAAUUGAAAGUUAUCUCGGAAAUCAUCUUCGCAUUAUUCGUGUUAAUGGCAACGAUCUUAACAUUUCUUACCUCGCCUAUCUUGUAUUUACUCUAUCGCAAAAAUUUCAAUAUAAAAAAGCUAUCAACUCCACAAGUAGCCAAUGAAUUGCGACACAUUCGAGAAGGUGAUAUCGGUAUGGAUGACUACAGCAAUAUGAAUCAAACAGAGGCAAUCAUCGAUUUGGAAAGAAAUGAACUAAAUCGUAGUUCAUCUACCUUGACCAAACAGCUAUCGACAAGUAAUGGUGCACUCAAUACACUGUUUACAGUUGAUGAACAAUUGAAUUAUCCACAAAUUAACCAAGAUCCAGAAAGAGGCCAACUAGCCGUUCUUGAUAAUAUAGUGGCAAUGCCUGUAUGUCCCCGUCGUCCGAUUUAUAUGACGAAGUUUUGA